AUGGCUCUUGUCGGCGUGGAUUUUCGUGCACCUUUACGCACUGUGAAACGUGUACAGUUCGGUAUCCUCAGUCCUGAUGAAAUUAAACGGAUGUCAAUUGGGGAAAUCGAAUUUUCCGAAAUUUAUGAAAAUGGAAAACCGAAGUUGGGUGGGCUGAUGGAUCCACGACAAGGCGUAGUCGAUCGAAGAGGACGUUGCAUGACUUGCGCUGGUAGCUUAGCUGAUUGCCCAGGACACUUUGCACAUAUUGAACUUGCCAAACCUGUAUUUCAUAUCGGAUUUUUGAGUAAAACAUUAAAGUUGCUGCGUUGUGUGUGUUUCUACUGCAGUCGGUUAAUGGUGGAUAAAGAUAGCGCUCGAAUAAAAGAGCUGCUCAAGAAAACUGUUGGAAAUGCACGUCGCAGACUAACCGUAAUUUAUGAAAUAUGCAAAUGCAAGACUGUUUGUGAAGGUGGCGAUGAGCUACAUGCCGUUGGAGGAGAGGACGGUGAAGAGAGUGAGAAAGAAGUCAAAUCAGGUGGUUGUGGUAGAUAUCAGCCUUCAUACAAGCGAGUGGGAAUAGAUAUCAUAGCAGAAUGGAAGAAGCACAUCAACGAAGAUACACAAGAAAGAAAAAUCGUUUUAACUGCAGAGCGGGCACUGGAAAUUUUCAAAUCAAUUUCGGAUUCGGAUUGUCUCAUACUUGGUAUGGAUCCACGAUACGCUCGUCCGGACUGGAUGAUUGCACAAGUGAUUGCGGUGCCACCACUAGCUGUUAGGCCUGCUGUAGUUACGUUUGGUUCAGCGCGUAAUCAGGAUGACUUAACGCACAAGCUUUCGGACAUCGUUAAAACUAAUAAUCAGUUGAAGCGAAAUGAAGCAAAUGGAGCGGCUGCGCACGUCCUUGCAGAAGACGUCAAGCUUUUGCAGUAUCACGUGGCCACGCUAAUUGAUAAUUCCAUUCCUGGCCUUCCUGCGGCUACACAAAAAGGAGGCCGACCUCUGAAAUCAAUCAAACAACGUCUAAAAGGGAAAGAAGGCCGAAUUAGAGGAAAUUUGAUGGGUAAACGAGUGGAUUUCUCAGCUCGAACUGUAAUUACGCCAGAUCCAAACUUGCCGAUAGAUACAGUUGGUGUGCCUCGUACUAUUGCGCAAAAUAUGACAUUUCCAGAAAUUGUUACACCUUUCAAUAUUGAUAAGUUACAAGAAUUGGUGAAUCGUGGUGAUAGUCAGUAUCCUGGGGCAAAAUAUAUCAUUCGUGAAAAUGGUGCUCGAGUUGAUCUACGUUAUCAUCCAAGAGCAGCGGAUCUUCAUCUACAGCCUGGUUACAGAGUGGAACGACAUAUGAAAGAUGGUGACAUUAUUGUUUUCAAUCGACAACCAACGCUACACAAAAUGUCUAUGAUGGGUCAUAAAGUUAAGAUUCUGCCAUGGUCAACAUUUCGUUUAAAUCUUUCCGUAACAACACCUUACAAUGCUGAUUUUGAUGGAGAUGAGAUGAACCUACAUUUACCGCAAAGUUUGGAAACGAAGGCUGAAGUUUCUGAAAUUUCAAUGGUGCCAAGGCAGCUGAUCACAGCUCAGGCAAAUAAACCAGUGAUGGGUAUUGUUCAAGAUACACUUACUGCAGUCCGCAUGAUGACUAAACGUGAUGUGUUUAUUGAAUUACCACGAAUGAUGGAUCUACUGAUGCAGAUGCCUAACUGGGAUGGGAAAGUUCCCCAGCCUGCUAUAUUAAAACCAAAACCGUUAUGGACUGGAAAACAAGUGUUCACUUUGAUCAUUCCUGGUAAUGUGAAUGUACUACGAACUCAUUCAACUCAUCCAGAUGACGAGGAUAACGGUCCUUAUAAGUGGAUUUCUCCUGGUGAUACUAAGGUGAUCAUUGAACACGGUGAACUAUUAUCGGGAAUUAUUUGUUCCCGAACUGUUGGCCGUUCAGCUGGUAAUCUGUUACAUGUUGUCACGUUAGAACUUGGUUGGGAAGUUGCAGCACACUUUUAUUCGCACAUACAAACUGUUGUUAAUGCCUGGUUGCUUGCUGAAGGGCAUACUAUUGGCAUUGGUGAUACUAUUGCUGAUCAAGCUACAUAUCGUGAUAUUCAAGAAACGAUCCGCAAAGCGAAGUUGGAUGUCGUAGAAGUUAUUGAAAAGGCACACAAUGACGAGUUGGAACCAACUCCAGGCAAUACGCUACGACAGACCUUUGAAAAUAUGGUAAAUCGCAUUUUGAAUGAUGCACGUGAUCGUACUGGUGGCAGUGCACAGCGUUCUUUAUCCGAACACAACAAUUUCAAAGCUAUGGUUGUUGCCGGUUCCAAAGGAUCCAAAAUUAAUAUUUCUCAGGUCAUAGCAUGUGUGGGACAGCAAAACGUUGAAGGUAAACGUAUUCCAUUCGGUUUCCGCCAUAGGACCUUGCCUCAUUUUAUCAAAGAUGAUUACGGACCCGAGUCGAAAGGUUUCGUCGAGAAUUCAUAUUUGGCAGGGCUAACUCCAUCCGAGUUCUUUUUUCAUGCUAUGGGUGGUCGUGAAGGUCUCAUCGAUACUGCCGUAAAGACAGCAGAAACUGGCUACAUUCAGCGUCGGCUUAUCAAAGCUAUGGAAAGUGUAAUGGUCAAUUAUGACGGUACUGUGCGCAAUUCGCUUGGGCAAUUAGUGCAGUUAAGAUAUGGUGAGGAUGGUCUAGAUGGUAUGUGGGUUGAAAAUCAGUCUAUGCCGAGUAUGAAGCCAACAAAUGCCUUGUUUGAAAAGGAGUUUAAGUUGGACCUUUCUGAUGAAAAAGCUUUGCGUAAAAUAUACACUGAAAACGUUGUUCGCGAAUUACAAGGCUCUGGGGAAGCACUUAAAGAAGUAGAAGCUGAAUGGGCACAACUUGAAGAAGAUCGUCGUUUGCUUCGAAAAAUAUUUCCUAAGGGCGAUGCCAAAAUUGUGUUACCGUGUAAUUUGCAACGCAUGAUUUGGAAUGCGCAGAAAAUAUUUCGUGUAGAACUUCGAAAGCCGACUGAUCUUAAUCCUCUACGUGUAAUUGAAGGUGUUAAAGAACUUAGCAAGAAGCUUGUUAUUGUUAGCGGUGAAGAUCGAAUCAGCAAACAGGCUCAGUACAACGCUACGCUUCUGAUGAAUAUACUGCUACGAUCAACGCUUUGUGCAAAAAGGAUGGCCGAAAAACAUCGUUUGAAUUCGGAAGGUUUCGAAUGGCUUAUUGGUGAAAUCGAAUCUCGCUUCAAGCAAGCAAUCGUACAGCCUGGUGAAAUGGUUGGUGCAAUAGCGGCGCAAAGUUUGGGUGAACCAGCUACGCAGAUGACUCUAAACACUUUUCAUUAUGCUGGUGUUUCGGCCAAAAAUGUCACACUUGGCGUUCCACGAUUGAAAGAAAUCAUUAAUGUCUCGAAGAAACCGAAAACACCUUCAUUGACCGUUUUUCUGCAAGGAACUGCUGCAAAAGAUGCCGAGAAAGCGAAGGACGUACUGUGCAAAUUGGAACAUACAACGUUACGAAAAGUAACAGCAAAUACAGCAAUUUACUAUGAUCCGGAUCCGAAGAAUACGAUAAUUGAAGAAGAUCAGGAAUGGGUGAACAUUUUCUAUGAAAUGCCUGAUUUUGAUCCAUCUCGAUGUAGUCCGUGGCUUUUGCGUAUCGAAUUGGAUCGCCGACGGAUGACUGAUAAGAAAUUAACGAUGGAAGCAAUUGCAGAUAAAAUACAUCAGGGAUUUGGAGAUGAUCUGAAUGUCAUUUAUACAGAUGAUAAUGCAGAAAAACUUGUAUUCCGGCUUCGUAUUACCAAUCAGGAAGGUGAUAAGGGUAAUGAAGAUGAGCAGGUGGAACGAAUGGAAGAUGAUGUAUUCUUGCGGUGUAUUGAAACCAAUAUGCUUAGUGAUCUCACGCUUCAGGGUAUUGAAGCAAUCACUAAGGUAUAUAUGCAUAAGCCAACAACUGAUGACAAAAAACGAGUUGUGAUUACUCCGGAUGGUGGCUUUAAGGCAAUUCCGGAAUGGCUUCUGGAAACUGAUGGUACUGCCUUAGCUAAGGUACUGAGUGAACAAAAUGUGGAUCCGAUACGCACGACGUCCAACGAUAUAUGUGAAAUAUUCGAAGUUUUGGGAAUUGAAGCAGUGCGAAAAGCUAUUGAGCGUGAAAUGAAUCACGUUAUUUCGUUUGAUGGUUCCUAUGUCAACUAUAGACAUUUGGCUCUUCUGUGUGACGUUAUGACUGCUAAA